UGAACUAGCUUCUGGGCACCCUCCUUUUUACAGAGAAGGAGGAACCAGGUGCGGGCUCACUCCACCUUAAUUAAUAUUCAUUUCAUUCCUGUGUGGUCGUGUUUGCGUUCAACAACGCAAACAUGGCUCGCAGCAUCCCCUUUCUUUCUAUCUUAUUAUUGGUAGUUCUGUUACCAGCCAUCGUCGCUGCACGUGGCGGUCAUCAUGGUGGAAAGCAUAAUAAGCAUGCUCGUAUUGCUGGUAUUCACAAUGUUACUUAUGAUGGCAAAUCUCUCUUUGUUAAUGGAAGACGUGAGCUCCUCUUCUCUGGUUCCAUCCAUUACACACGUAGUACUCCUGAUAUGUGGCCAGACAUUCUUGAUAAAGCCAGACACGGAGGUUUGAAUGUCAUUCAAACCUACGUGUUUUGGAACGCUCAUGAGCCCGAGCAAGGCAAGUUCAACUUUGAAGGCCAAUAUGAUCUGGUGAAGUUCAUUAGGCUUGUUCAAGCGAAAGGAAUGUAUGUAACCCUCAGGGUUGGACCUUUCAUUCAAGCUGAAUGGAACCACGGAGGACUUCCAUAUUGGCUUAGAGAGGUUCCAGGGAUCAUAUUCCGUUCUGAUAAUGAGCCUUAUAAGUACCACAUGCAAAAAUUUGUGUCAAAAAUUAUUCAAAUGAUGAAAGAUGAGAAGCUGUUUGCUCCUCAAGGAGGACCAAUCAUUUUGGCACAGAUUGAAAAUGAGUACAACCAUAUCCAACUUGCUUAUGAAGAGAAGGGAGAUAGUUAUGUUCAGUGGGCUGCAAAUAUGGCUGUGGCUUUCGAUGUCGGUGUUCCGUGGAUUAUGUGCAAGCAGAGAGACGCUCCUGAUCCCGUGAUCAACGCAUGCAAUGGAAGACACUGUGGUGAUACCUUCUCAGGUCCAAACAAACCUUACAAGCCUGCUAUAUGGACUGAAAACUGGACUGCUCAAUACAGAGUUUUUGGUGAUCCAAUUUCUAAGAGAUCUGCUGAAGAUAUUGCCUUCUCAGUUGCCAGAUUCUUCUCCAAGAAUGGAAAUUUGGUCAACUACUAUAUGUACCAUGGUGGAACAAACUUUGGAAGAACAAGCUCUGCGUUUACAACAACCCGUUAUUACGACGAAGCGCCUCUUGAUGAAUAUGGUCUUGAGAGAGAACCUAAAUGGAGUCAUCUCAGGGAUGCUCACAAGGCUAUGCUCCUUUGCAGGAAGGCUAUUCUCGGUGGUGUUCCCUCUGUCCAAAAGCUCAAUGCCUAUCACGAGGUUAGAACAUUUGAGAAGCCUGAAUCAAAUAUUUGUGCAGCUUUUAUCACUAACAACCACUCUACUGAAGCAGCAACCAUAAGUUUCAGAGGUUCUAACUACUUUUUGCCAGCACAUUCCAUCAGUGUCCUCCCUGAUUGCAAGACUGUUGUCUACAACACACAAAGUAUUGUUUCACAACACAAUGCAAGGAACUUCGUGAAGUCUGCUGUCGCGAACAACCACAAAUGGGAGGUGUAUUCUGAGGCCAUUCCAAAUACCAUGACACUCCAACCAAACCAGAAAGUACCAGCUGAGCUUUACCUCUUGCUUAAAGACAGAUCAGAUUAUGCUUGGUACACCACAAGCUUUGAGUUGAGUCCACAAGACUUGCCAACGAAGAACGGAGUUGCCCCGGUUCUUCGUAUUAUGAGUCUUGGACACUCACUUGCUGCCUUUGUAAACGGACAAUACAUUGGAACUGGUCACGGUACACAUGAAGAAAAAUCCUUUGAAUUUGAACAACCAGCAAACUUCAAGGUUGGAACCAACUACGUGACCAUUUUGGCUAGCACUGUUGGACUACCAGACAGUGGAGCUUACAUGGAGCAUAGGUAUGCAGGACCCAAAUCCAUAUCCAUCCUUGGUCUCAACACUGGAACAAUUGAUCUCACUAAGAACGGUUGGGGUCAUCAGGUUGGUCUCAAGGGUGAGGGGCUUGAAAUUUUCAGUGAAGAGGGAUCAAAGAAGGUUACGUGGACUCCAGUCAAUGGACCUACACGUGCUCUCUCUUGGUUUAAGACAAGAUUUGCCACCCCAGAGGGAAGAGGUCCAGUUGCCAUUAGAAUGACUGGUAUGGGUAAGGGAAUUGUUUAUGUCAACGGUCAAAGCAUCGGUCGUCACUGGAUGACAUUCCUCUCUCCUCUUGGUCACCCCACUCAAUCAGAGUACCACAUCCCAAGAUCAUACCUGAACCAAAAAGACAACUUGCUUGUCAUAUUGGAAGAGGAGAAGGCAAGUCCAGAAAAGAUUGAGAUAUUGAAUGUUGACAGAGAUACAAUCUGCAGCAACAUUUUAGAGAGCGAUCCUGCAAAUGUUAAUUCAUGGGUAUCUAGACACGGUCAGUUCCAUGCUGUUAUCAAGAAUGUUACACCACAAGCUUCACUCAAAUGUCCCAGUGGCAAAAGGAUUGUAGCUAUUGAGUUUGCCAGCUUUGGUAACCCUUCUGGUUUAUGUGGAAACUUUACUUUUGGCAACUGUAAUGCAGCUGCUACCAAGCGCGUCGUUGAGAAGGAAUGCUUGGGGAAAGAAGAAUGCUUGGUUGCAGUGAACCGUGCAAGCUUCAACAGAAAGAAGGGGGAUGCUUGCCCAGAUUUGGUGAAGAGACUUGCUAUCCAAGCCAAGUGUUCCUACUAGAUUUUGGGUGGUUUGAUUUGGACAACAAUAGAGUCCAGAAGCUCAAAAUGUCUUUGGGUUUUUGCAGAAAAUCAUACCUUGAAUUAAUUGGCCUGCAUUUCACAACAUUUUGUUUCUUCUGUUUAUAUUAAAUUAAAUAUAUAUAUCAAAAGUUUACAAUUAUCCAGUUUUGUUUUGUAUGAUCUUGACGCACAUCAAUAUCUUCCAAUUUUGUCGCUUAUAUGGUAUCCUAAUAUAAAAUAUCUCUCAGUUCUUACUA